GUUUUGAUCUGGUUUUGAUAGUAAAUCUAACCUCUAAUUUUUGCAUGGUUAGAGAAUCUGUGGGAUAAAUUAAAAGAUGAAAAUUAGAAAAAGUAAUUUACAGUCAGGUAAUUCAAAUCACUUUGACGUAGAAGAUGGAAUGGACAAUUAUGAAGAACCCAAACAAUGGUAUGAAGAGAUACAAGAAGAUCCAAAAAGCUUUUCUAAAAGUACUGAACAAGUUCUGAUAGAGCUUAAAGAUGAAGCUAAAAAAUGUCACGAUUCGGAGGUGUUACAUUAUAAUACUAAAAACUCCAAAACGAAUUCUGAUUUUCAAUGGAUGAAAACAGUGAUGUCUAAGGGUACACUAUCAGACAAAAUAGCUGCUCAUACAGUAAUGAUACAGGACAAUCCAGUUGCUUGCUUAGAUACUAUAAGAAAUCUUGUUGGUAUGGUAAAAGUUGGAAAGAAAAAAGAAUGUACAACUGUUAUGGAAACAUUAACUGAAUUAUUCCUGUCUAACCUUUUAAUACCUAAUAGAAAACUGAAAGCUUUCCACCAAAGACCACUUUCAGCUCUAAACGAACUCUCAUCAGGCAAUGCAGUUAGCAGGAGAAAAAUUUUAAGCUAUUGGUAUUUUGAAGAUCAACUGAAAGAAGUAUAUGCCAAUUUUGUUAUGGCAUUGAAUACUGUAGCUCAUGAUACUGUGGAUAGUAAUAAGGACAAAGCAGUUACAGCUUUGUAUAAGUUGUUAGUUGACAAUUCAGAGCAAGAAAAGAAUCUUCUAACCUACAUUAUAAAUAAACUUGGUGACCCAUCUCAGAAGAUAGCAUCCAAAGUGAUUUAUUGUUUGACACAGUUAUUAUACAAACACGUGAACAUGCAAUUAGUAGUUUUGAAUGAAAUUGAAAAGCUGUUGUUUAGGCCAAACAUUUCUACUAGAGCACAAUACUACAGUUUAUGCUUUUUGUCCCAGUUUCAUUUAAGUCAUGAAACCAGCCACAUAGCAAGAAAGCUAAUUGAAGUGUAUUUUUCAUUUUUUAAAGCUUGUGUGAAGACUGGUGAUAUAGACAGCAGGAUGAUGUCGGCUCUUCUCAUGGGUUUAAACAGAGCGUAUCCAUAUGCAAAAUUGGAGUAUGAUAAAGUCCAGGAGCAUAUAGAUACAAUGUAUAGACUUGUGCACAUGGCAAAUUUUAAUAUUAGUUUACAUACCCUUACAUUAUUGUAUCAGGUUUCUGAUACUGGUACUGGUGUAACAGAUAGAUUUUAUGGGGCACUUUAUAGAAAACUACUCGAUCCAAGUCUACUAACUACCACUCAUCGAGCAAUGCUCUUGAGCUUAAUAUACAAAGCCUUAUUAAAGGACAAAGAAGUAAACAGAAUAAAAAUGUUCGUGAAGCGACUUUUGCAGAUAGCUCUUUUUACCCAACCCUGUUUUUCAUGUGGAAUAUUAUUCUUAGUAUCUCAGCUAAUGAAUAAGAAAAAAGACCUUCGAGCACUGACAUUAAAACAGAGUGCACCUAUAAGUUUCGACGACGAUGACGACGAAGAAAAAUAUCAAGACGUGAAGGAGGAAAAUGAAGAGGUUCCAGAAAUUAAACAGGAAGUUGACGACGAGGAAUUUAAAAAAUUGGAGCAAAAUCAAUCAACCCCUUUAAUAAAUACAAUGGUCGAAACCAUCGAAAUCAAAGAAGAAGAGGAUAUAAAACCAGAUGUUGAGAUCCUCAACGCAUCCCUAAAUACUUCAGCUGGCUGGUAUCACUGUAAAAACACAGUUAAAAAAGAAAAAGGUGCUGUGAUAAAAUACAAUCCUUUGGCCAGAAAUCCUUUAUAUGGUGGUGGAGAGUUUUGCGCGUACACAGAAUUGUACAAUCUUAAAAAUCAUUUCCAUCCCACUGUUGCCCUCUUUGCCAGCAAUAUUAUUAACGGCGAAACAGUUACAUACAACGGUGAUCCGUUGAAUGAUUUUACUUUGAUAAGAUUUUUGGAGAGGUUUGUCUUUAAAAAUCCGAAGAAAGUAUCCGAAACGUCCGGAAGAGAUUCAACAUUUGGAAAACGGAAGUUAUAUAGACCCAAAGGAGUCAAAGCGAUGUCGGUCAAGACUGCUAGUUAUGCUAAAGAAAGUUCUGCAAAUAUUCCUGUGGAUGAACUAUUUGUACAUACAUAUCUCCAACAAAGAUAUCAAGAAAGGGGCGAAACUGAACGAGACGAUAGCGAUUUGGAAUCUGUACAAAGUGAUGAAUUUGAAGAAAUGUUGGACAAACUAUCUGGGCGCAAAGACGGGGCAGAAGAAGAUGAGGAAGAUGUCGAUUAUCUAAACGAAAUAGGAGAAAACCUAAGGCAAAAAGACAGUAAAAAGAAAAAGAAACAAAAGAGCGAGGAUGAUGAAGAAGACAGUGACGAUAUACCAGAAGAGGAUGAUGACGAUAUGGACGAUUUUGAUGAUGAAGAAUUUGAUAAUGGAGACUUGGAUGACGAAGAUUUAGAUAUGGAUGAUGAUGAUAAAGAGUUACUAGGAGAUCUAAGUGACGAGGAAGAUGAUGAGGCCAUAGAUUUUUCAGAUGAAGAAGAAAAACCUGGUAAACAUAAAUUCAAAAAGUUCGCAAAGAAGAAGGGCGAUAUUAUGUCAAACUUUGCUUCUGCUGAAGAAUUUGCUACACUUCUCGAAGAUGAGGGCAAUUCCAAAUUCAAACCUGGAGGGUCUAAUGCGUUUGCAAAUAAGGAUAAUGCGAACAUGAAGCAACUGGCAUGGGAAGAAAACAGAAAUAGGUGGUUAAAUAAUUUCAGUCGGACCAUGGGAGGAGGUAAAGGAAAAAAGUUUAAUAAAUCCAAUAAUAAUAAUAAAAAUUUUAACAAAAAGCGAAGUAAUCAAAAUAAAGGUGGUAAUCAAAAUAAGAAAAUAAAAAGAUAAGAUGAGCAACCAACAAGUAAUAUAAGUGUUGGAUUAGGUUUAGUGUUGAUUUUACAAUGUUAUUUGUUACUUUAUAUGUACCUAAUAAAUUUAUAAAAUAUACUAUACAUAGCA